AUGGAUACGAUUGAGCUUGGAUAUGAGGCAAACAGAAGAAAUUGCCGCCGCAAAGAAAUCGUUUACCGAUACUACCAGCAGGUGAUUCACAACUUUUUGGACCGUCCCUCCGAAGGAACCCUCGGCCGGUUCUCGACCCUUUACCACUUCCUCUCCUUCAUUUUGGUGGUUGCCUGUCUUUGUCUGACGGUAUUCUCGACGAUGGAUGCUGAUCCACGAUUCGAAGAAGCGCUGAAUUUCAUUGAAAAUAUCAUGAUCGUCCAGUUUUUCUUGGAAUACAUUCUGCGAGUUUGGAGCUCGGGCUGUAGAACACGAUAUAGGUAA